AUGAUCAGAGAAGCCAGUUCUCUUCUUCAGCUUUGCAAGCAGCUUGAUGCCGUUGCUGAUCUGGGUCCCGAAGACGACGCUGAUGUUGAAGUUAUGGCCAAGGCCUCAGCUCUUGUUCAACAUCAUGAUGCCGUCACGUAACU